AUGAUUAAACGAGAUGCGGGUGUCAAAGACUCCGGUUCACUCAUCCCUGGACACGGUGGGAUAUUGGACAGAGUUGAUAGUUACAUUUUCACUGGUGCAUUAGCCUACUCUUUCUCCUUUGUCUUGUGUACCAUGGCCAAGGAGGCACCGUCGUCGUUUUCGUCAUUGCCAAACGAUAUCGUUUUAAAUAUCUUGGCCCGCGUGCCGAGACGGUUUCACCCAAAACUCUGUUGCGUCUCCAAGAAUUUGGGGUCUCUCGUACGUUCCUCUGAGCUUCGCAAAACGCGGUCUCUCCUGGGAAAAGAUCGCUUCAACUUCUACGUCUGCCUUGUAGAUAGUAUGGCUAUGGAUCUCUCAUAUCAAUGGUUCACUUUAAGUUGUGGUAAUCGUCGUUUGGUCUCCGUCCCGUUUCCUUCUCCUGAUCCGUCGCUUUGGCCGUACACUUCUGCUGUUCCGGUGGGUUCCGAAAUCUACCUUGUUGGUGGCUCGAGGUUUAUGUGGAUCCUCGAUACCCGGUCUGGACAGUUGCGUCUGGGUCCAAGUUCGCCUGUAGGCAGCAAGCAUGAAGGCGUGGGACUCGUUCACGACAAGAUUUACGUAUUUGGAGGAACGUGCGAAAAAGAAUGCUACCAAGAUAUCCAAGCGCAAGUGUUUGACUUGAAGACGCAAACUUGGCUAAUCGCGCCAAAUCCGAGCUUGACACUGGCACACUAUGUUAGGCACGUGGUAAACCCGUCCCUAGGCAGAAAAAUUUAUGCCGUGGGUAGUGGUUGUGAGUCUUGUGAUUCAAUCAUAGUUUAUGAAACUAGAGAUGGUACAUGUGACAGGAUUAUAAUAGACGAUGAAGUCACCAAUCUCGAGAUGUGUGUGGUAGACAAUGUACUCUACAUGUAUUACCAAUAUGUUGGGUUAAUGUGGUAUGACUCUAUGGCCAAAGAAUGGAGAUUGGUUCAUGUUCAUGGUUUGAAGCUCGGCGAUCGUUUCUUAAAUCAUCUCGUAAUGACUGAAUACGAUGGUAAGCUGGCGUUUUUUUGGCAACAAGGACAAAAAGAUGAGAUUUGGUGUGCCAUGAUCGCCUUGUAUGGGACUAGUCACGUUGCCAUUUGGGGCCGGCUCGAGUGGUCUGAUUGCAUACUUUCCCAAGUCCCCUCUCACUACUACAUCCUCCAUGUUGUAGCUUGUCCGGAUUAUUAA